AUGCGUCGAGCCAUUUCUCGAAGCAUCACAACCGGCGCCAGCCGCACCUCUGGAGCUUCUCUCGCCCGCUCUUCUCUCCUCUCGUCAGCAGUCAUGUCUUCUUCCUCCAGAAUGCCCGCCGUCGCGGCGAGGAGGAUACACGCCACCGCGCAGCACCUCAAUGCCGCCCUCGCCUCGACGGCCGAGUCCUACCCCAAGACUCACGAGAAGAUCGCGAAGCCCGAAGAUACCCCCUACUUCCUGGACAACCAGUUCGUCAGCUCCAGCGCGACCGACUUCAUCGACCUCCAUGACCCGGCCACCAACAACCUCGUCACCCGCGUGCCGCAGAUGACCACCGAGGAGCUCCAGUCCGCGGUUGCGUCCGCCGAGAAGGCCUUCCCCAAGUGGCGCGCCAUGAGCGUGCUCGCUCGCCAGCAGAUCAUGUUCAAGUUUGUUGCCCUGAUCCGCGAGAACUGGGACCGUCUGGCCGCCAGCAUCACCCUCGAGCAGGGCAAGACGUUCGCCGACGCCAGGGGCGAUGUCCUUCGCGGCCUGCAGGUCGCCGAGGCCGCCUGUGGUGCUCCUGAGCUCCUCAAGGGCGAGGUGUUGGAGGUCGCCAAGGAUAUGGAGACGAGAAGCUACCGCGAGCCACUGGGCGUCGUGGCUGCCAUCUGCCCCUUCAACUUCCCCGCCAUGAUUCCCCUCUGGUGUAUCCCCAUCGCUACCGUCACCGGCAACACCCUCAUUCUGAAGCCCUCCGAGCGCGACCCCGGUGCCGCAAUGAUUCUUGCCGAGCUAGUCCAGAAGGCCGGCUUCCCUGAGGGCGUGGUCAACGUUGUUCACGGCGCUCACAAGACGGUCGACUUCAUCCUUGAGGAUCCCGCCAUUAAGGCCGUCAGCUUCGUCGGCGGAAACAAGGCCGGCGAGUACAUCUUCAACAAGGGCUCCGCCCACGGCAAGCGCGUGCAAGCCAACUUGGGCGCCAAGAACCACGCCGCUGUCCUGCCCGACUGCAACAAGAACCACUUUCUCAACAGCGUCGUCGGCGCUGCCUUCGGUGCCGCCGGCCAACGAUGCAUGGCCUUGAGCACUCUCGUCAUGGUUGGCGAGACCAAGGAGUGGCUUCCCGAGCUGGCCGAGAUGGCCAAGAAGCUCAAGGUUGACGGUGGCUUCGAGGAGGGUGCCGACCUCGGCCCCGUCAUCUCCCCGCAGAGCAAGGAGCGCAUCGAGAGCCUGAUCAAGAGCGCCGAGGAGGAGGGUGCUACUAUCCUGCUCGACGGCCGCGGCUACAAGCCCGCCAAGUACCCCAAUGGCAACUGGGUCGCCCCUACGAUCAUCUCUAACGUCACUCCCGACAUGAAGUGCUACCGCGAGGAGAUCUUCGGACCCGUUCUCGUCUGCCUCAACGUCGACACCCUCCAGGAUGCCAUCGAGCUCAUCAACAAGAACGAGUACGGCAACGGCACCGCCAUCUUCACCCGCUCUGGUGCCACCGGCGAGACCUUCCGCCGCAAUAUCGAGGCCGGCCAGAUCGGCAUUAACGUGCCCAUCCCCGUCCCCCUGCCCAUGUUCUCCUUCACCGGUAACAAGAAGUCCAUUGCCGGCGGCGGCGCCAACACCUUCUACGGCAAGCCCGGCAUCAACUUCUACACUCAGCAGAAGACCGUCACUGCCCUGUGGCAGAGCGCCGACGCCGUUGCGCAAAAGGCCGAUGUGUCCAUGCCCACCCAGUCGUAG